UGUUUGGGUCCCGGGCCCGGCGACCGGGAGAAGGUUCCAGGCUCGGCUACCAUGUCGGGUCUUAACAAGUCGGUGGAGCUGCAGCUGCAGGUGCGGCAGCAGUCGGAGGAGCUGCGGGAUUUCAUGAGGGAGCUGGACGGCUGGGAGAAAGACAUUAAGAAGAAGGACGACGAGCUCCGGCGGCAGAGCGGCGAGGCCCCGGCCUUGGACCCGACACUACCACCUGUAAGAAAUCGAAAUUAUAAGAAAAAUACAAAUAAAAAGACUGUUUCACGGAACAAUAGGAAGAACAAAGAAAAUAAAGCAACAAGAAUAAAAUCUUAUGACUAUAAGUCUUGGGAAAAAUUUGAUGUGGACAAAGUGCUGGAAGAACUGGAUAAAAAUGACAGCAUUUCGGAGCCGGACACAGAAGAUGAGGAAAUAGAUGUAGAGAAAGCUCUUUUGGAGAAAGAAAAGGGUAAUAAUUACUUCAAAGAAGGCAAAUAUGAUGAAGCAAUAGACUGUUAUACCAGGGCCAUGACAAUGGAUCCAUAUAACCCAGUUUUCCCUACAAAUCGUGCAUCGACUUUCUUAAAAAUAAAAAAGUAUGCCGUUGCAGAAUCAGAUUGCAAUUUAGCUAUUGCACUGGACAAGUCCUUCAUGAAAGCUUAUCUUCGAAGAGGUGCUGCUCGUAUGAAACUGAAAAACUUUCAAGCUGCAAAAGAAGAUUUUGAACUGGUGUUAAGCUUGGAUGCACAAAACUUUGAAGCACAGAAUGAACUCAGAAAAGUAAAUGAGGCUCUAGCAUCAGAACAAUGUGGUAAAGAUCAGAGUCAAUUGAACAAAUAUGAAGAAAUGGAUACCAACGAAGAAAAGAAACUGACUGGAACACAGGCGAAACAGCAGGCAAUUUUUGAGAAAGACUUGGGCAAUGAAUACUUUAAGGAAGGAAAGUAUUUAGAAGCAAUUGAAUGCUAUACCAGAGGGAUGGCAGCAGAUGGCACCAAUGCACUUUUACCAGCAAACCGGGCCAUGGCUUGUAUUAAACUUGAAAAGUUUGCAGAGGCAGAAGCUGACUGUAGCCAGGCAAUCUCGUUGGAUAAUACUUAUUCCAAAGCAUUUGCACGAAGGGGAACUGCCCGAAUGUGCCUAGGAAAGAUGAAGGAAGCGAAAGAAGAUUUUGAAAUGGUACUGUUGCUGGAACCAGGAAACAAGCAAGCUUUAACUGAACUUGAAAAAAUAAACAAGGAAUUGGCUUUGCCAGAGGCCACCACACAGCAGAAAUCUUCAGAAAGCAAAGAAAGUCGGAGACUAAUCAAACCAAUCCAUAAACCACCACAUCAAAGAUCUACUAAACCCCUCAUAAGAGUUGCUAUUGAAGAAGUUGGAGAUACAGUGACUAAUAUUAAGACAGAGGCAGCUGCAGUCAGUUUCCCUUUUGAUCUUGCAGUGAAGCAGCCAUCUGUGUUACCACCUGUAGAAGAGGCCAGCAAGAUUCAGGAAAAAAUCACCCAUUGUGACUCCUCUGUGCCAGCUGCUGAAGCGCCUAGUGCCAAAAUACUUAAAGUUGAAGAGAGAGGACAUUCUGGUGUGUCAGAGAAGCAAUCAGUUAAAGCUGAAACUCCUGCUGUAGAGAGCUUGGCAGACAUGAAAGCUAAAGCACCUCUGUUUUCCCACUCUGUGAUUAUCCCACAUGCUCCCGCCAACUCCUUUCAACUCGAAGCAGAUCUCCGCAAACUGAAGAAUUAUCCAGAGGUGUUACAUAAAUAUUUGAAGCAAAUUGAGCCCUCUUUUUAUCCACAACUGUUUCAAAAAUCUUUGGAACCUGACAUUUUAAAUCACAUAUUAAGAAUCCUUCACAGUUCAUAUAUCAGGUUUGAAGAACCUUCCCUUAUUCUAGAUAUCCUAAGGAACUUGGCAAAUGUGAAAAGGUUUGAUAUGGCAGUGAUGUUUAUGUCGGAAUCAGAAAGAAAAGUUGUAAAAGAUUUAUUUGAUCAUCUACAGAAAUCAGGAGUUGAAGAAGGACCACUUAAAACAUUGAAGAGCAGAUACAGUGUUUGAAACAUCUCUCUGGCACAGAAAUAAGUAGAGUAAAGGGCAAAAUUUGUACCUUGAUUUACCCAAAUUCCCUAAGCUGACAUUUUACAAUUUAUUUAAUAUAAAGUUUGUCCCAUGUAUGUACAGUAUUUCUCCUGAGCCAUUUCCUUUCUUGGCUGGUAAGGAUGGAUCAUCUGUGCUUUAUAGUUUUUAUCGCUAUAGAUGAUGCCACUGAGCAGCCAUGAGGAGAUAUGUUUUUGGAAAUUUAACUACAUUUGUCUUCAGUCUCAAGCCCAGAUGAGACUGUGGAACAUGGCCAAAAGAGGUAAUUUUGGGACUUGAGGGAACUGAUUGAGUGUAAGAUAUUGACUGCUUGAGCUACCAAGUCGCUCUUUUUUAUUUUUGUUGUAGGGAUUUUUAUUCCUGGCUUUUCUUGAUUAGGGUUUCCUUGGAAAAUUAAAUCCAAUUUUGAUUAUUUUUUUCCUGUUUUCGUUUGUUAUAUUUCCAUGUACAGAUUUGUGAGAGUUCUUAUGCAUUUCAGAGUGAGAGAGAGACUUGGUCAAAAUAAUGCAAAUAAACUUGGCUUCAGGAA